AUGUCUGGUGUUUAUACUUGUAAUUCGUGUGGUUUGCAGUUUCCUUCUGGUGGUGACCAGAGGGAACAUAUGAAGACUGAUUGGCAUAGAUACAAUUUGAAGAGACGUGUAGCCAAUCUUCCAGCUAUUACUGAACAAACAUUUAAAUCAAAGCAAUCUGAUGUGGCCAGCAGCAGUGAAGAUGCCAAAGGUAAGAGCAAACAGUUGUCCAAAAAGGAACAAAGGAUGAAAGAGAAAGAAGCUCUAUUAGAAAAGAAGAGGAAACUUCUUGAAAUUGCUAGAGAACGUAUGAUUCAACAACAACUUGCUGGUGAGGUUCCAACUCUAGAUAAAUUGAUUAUUGCUGAAGAAGAGGCUACUGCAUCAGCAAUUGCUGAAGUGGCUGCUGAAUCUAAGGCUAGUAGUAACUCUAACACUGAUGAUGCUACUAAACCUGAUGUUGAACAAGAAGAAGAGGUAGAUGAAGAAAAACAAGCUGAACUUUUGAUGCAAGAGAAGCUAAAAAAUAGAGUUGAUAUACCUCUGGAACAAUGUCUAUUCUGUACCAACAAUAAAACUUUUAAAUCUUUCGAAAUGAAUUUGACACAUAUGUACCAAAGUCAUGGUUUCUACAUGCCAGAACAAAAAUAUUUAAUCAAUAAAGAAGGCUUGGUUAAGUAUAUGUCUGAAAAGGUAGGUUUGGGUAACGUCUGUAUUGUAUGUAAUUACCAAGGUAAUUCUUUGAAUGCAGUUAGAUCUCACAUGUUGUCCAAGAGACAUUGUAAGAUUCCUUAUGAAUCGAACGAUGAGAAACUAGAAAUAUCAGAAUUCUAUGAUUUCGAAAAGUCUUAUGCCACCACUGAGGGUGAUAAUGGUGAAUGGGAAGACAUUGACGAAGAAGAUGUCAACAGUGAUGACGAAGAAAUCGAUGAGACUACCGAAUACUUAUACCAAGAUGGUAUCGAAUUACACUUACCUUCUGGUAUCAAAGUAGGACACCGUUCCAUGCAACGUUAUUAUAAACAAGAUUUGAGGCCAGAAAAGAUAUUAACUGAAGGCCAAGGUACAAUUAUUGCUGCUGAAACAAGACAAGAUUUCAUCACCAACGGUUUACCUGAUAGAACUACCGUUCAAGCUCAACAAAGAGCCUGGCAAACAGAAGUCAAAGAUAAGAAAACCCAUUCAAAAAGAGCAGCAAAAUUUAUCAACAACCAACCUCAUUACAGAGACCAACUGUUACAAUAG